AUGGCUCCGUCUCGUCGUGCUCAAGCCGGCACGAACGAUGUGGCAGCGAGCAGAUCACGACGUGUUCCUCGUGUUGUACCCCCGUCUGACAGAGUCACUCGUUCCAGAGCUCGACCACCGCCACAGACAACCCACGCCGGCGCCGUUGAUCAUAGAGAAGGGGAGGUACCUUCCAACCCGGCCCUCUCGGGUAACGUCAGCACGUUACCUCCACCUUCCGCUAUGCCUCCAGCACCAGAAGCACGUAUAAUUUCCAAUGCCUCAGUACAGUCAGAUGCACAGGCGGGGUCUCUGCUUGCGGCUAUCCCACAGGCGGAUGGAACACCCGUACCUACUUCGACGGCGGUGGAGGCAGAGGCGGACGCUCGUGCUCUUAAUGCGUUGUUAAUGGCCGAGAGAGAACGUCAUGAACAAGAGCUUGCAGCACAAGCCCGGGAAAUUUCGGCCUUGAGGUCUCACGAAGACAGUCCAUUGCAGCCGCUUGUUACGUCACACCAACCACCACCGACUCAACAGCCGGCUUCAGUCCAGUCCACGGUGGACCUCGACACCAUCAUUGCAGCUGCAGUCAGAGCAGCCCUCGCUGUACCUACGGCUCCCUCUGCUACGAACCGGGUCACCUCUCCUGCAGUUCCCGCAUUUAUCCCAGGCGUGCCCGCUGAUGUAGCAAGGGCAGCUCGCCAAGCAAUCAUUGAUCCUACUCACCCAGCGUACGGUUUAUCUCUUGAUAGACUCAUCGAACUCCGAUCUGUCAAACCAACCGGGGAAAAACCCAGAAUCACCUUAUCCCUUGACUCACAGCAGGACGUCACGACCGCUGUUGCGUCGUUUCGACCCUGGGAGUUGCAACUUCAAUCCAAAUUCCACAAGGACUUUGCCCUGUUCCUCACAGAUAGAGAAAAGAUCGAAUAUGCAAUGCGCUUCAUGUCGGGAAAGCUGUUAACUGCCAUUGAAGGUUGGUUUUGUGAUCCCUCAACCACUUUGACAUAUCCUGGUUUCAUUACGGAAGUCAAGACAUCUAUUGGAUUCGAUAACCAACGUGCCUCCGCCCGCUGCGCCUUGGAGACACUAUUUCAAGGCACGGAUGACGUCACCACUUAUUUCAACAACUUACGGUUCCACUGGAACCUUGGGGAUGUCCCUCAACGCGAUAGAGUCUUAAAGUUUGUAGCCUCACUUCGACGCGACAUUAGCAUUGCCCUUGACUCAGUGGACUUUGGUGAAGACUUGUACCGUGCCUUGGACGCGGCGAGACGCGUCGAAAAUGCUCAACUCCGACGCAACCUUGAGCUUUCCCGGACUACAGUUAACCCCACCGCACUCUCGUCCCGUAAGUCCUUUGGCCCUCGCUUUAAACCAUUCGACUCUCAGUUUUCCAACUCCCCUGUGACACCCCGGAACCCUCCCCCCAAAUCCGCAUUGCCUCUUCUCCCUAGCGCUUCUACUGCGUCAUCCUCGGCUUCCAAGGACACUCCUAACCGUGCCAAUCUCAAGUUUGAAAUGCCAACGGAAGCCGAUAUUAAAUACAACGAGCGAUUCCCCCGAUGCGCCCAGAAACCAGAUGGUUGGAGGGGCCCUUGGUGGGAUCCAGAGGUCAACCCCCGCAAACUCUCGGAGAGUGAUCAGAAACUCCUCUAUGCACAGCGACGUUGUUGGCGCUGCCGAGGCUCAGGUCACCGCGUGGGAGACACCUGCUGUCCUCACGAGGACGGCACUUCCGCUGCGCGACAGAACCCACGAGCUCAACAACAAGUGGCCUCUAUAACAGCUCAGGCCCCUACUUCACAAGGUGUCACGACCACUAUCAAUUCUGAUGGUGAGAUUUGUAAUGAAGUGUGUACACCCCCUCCCAACCUGCUCCAAAUCUCCCUCUCCUCAUUAUCCACGUCAAGCUCCCUUACUAAAGCGAUUUCACAACAACGCGGCAGACAUCUGGUCAUUAAUGGCCACAUUCAAGGUCGGCGAACUCGCAGCUUAGUGGAUAACGGUUCUGAGGCAACAUUGAUAGCGGGGCAGGUGGUGACGGAGUUACACUUACCAUUAUAUACCUUAACACGCAAUAUUCCCUUAGUGAAUGCUUCUAAGAAGCUUCACAGUGUCAUUACACAAGCUACUGUAUUCCCAUAUGACUUAGGCUUAUUAACAAACGGUAUUCAUAAGGAACAUCUCAUUGCCUAUAUCGCCCCAGUCCCUACAUACGACCUUAUCCUAGGUGAUCCAUGGCUUCGCUCCCAUGACCCUGCCAUUAGCUUCCUAAACCGUACCAUCUCAUUCACGUCGUUACAAUGCCGCGAAAAGGGCUGUUUACAGACGCCGUCCAAAUGCGUAAUAUACGCUGAGGACUACGAUCAUAACUCAUCGUCUUUACCUCACACUCCUCUACCACUUCCUGAACAACCUAUGUCGUGCAAAGGUCGCACAUGUCCUCCGGAUCAAGCGGUUAACGACACUGAUAUUCAAUACGUUUCGGCUCCAGCAUUUCUCAGAGCAGCAGCUCAACCAAACAAUUCAGCAUACAUGGUCAUGUGCGAAGGCACCCAAGCGGUGAUAUGUACACUGGCCGUAAAUGCAUCCUUCACGAAUGAAGACUUAAACACUCAUCUCAACGGGCCCCCUCAGUACUCCCAUCAAGAUAUACUCCGAAGACUUCCACCAGAGUUAAUGGAAUUCGCAGACGUCUUCUCUAGAGAACAGGCAGAUUCCCUGCCUCCCCACCGUCCGGGAAUAGACCACGAAAUCCACAUAACACCAGGAGCCAAAUUGCCCUUACAACGCAACUAUCGACCACACUCCAAACCAGAGAAUGAUGCUAUAGCCAAACAGGUACGGGAGCUGAACGCCAAAGGCUAUAUCCGUCCAAGUAACUCAUCAGUUUGUUCACCAUUGUUAUGCGUGAGUAAACCCGGAGGAGGCAUUAGAGUAUGCACAGACCUAAGGGCGAUUAACGACAUCACAAUUAAGAGUCGUUUCCCAAUUCCCCUGUUACAAGACAUCCUUAACCUUCUCAUACUGGCUCUUUGGUUCACGAAAUUCGACGUGAUACACGCUUUUAACCGCAUAAGAAUGGCAGAAGGAUACGAAUACUUAACCUCAUUUAUCUGCCGACUGGGCCAGUUUGAAUGGCUUGUAAUGCCCUUUGGAGCUUGCAAUGCUCCAGCUACAUUCCAGAGCUUCAUCAACUCAAUCUUCUUCGAUAUCCUCGACAAAUUUGUGACAGCAUACCUUGACGACAUACUUGUCUUCAGUUCAUCUUGGGACGAACAUGUAACACAUGUUAAAGAAGUCUUAACGAGACUCCGAAACGCCCAACUUAAUCUUGACAUCGAUAAGAGUGAAUUCUUCGUCCAUCAAGUGAAAUACCUCGGAGUCAUUAUAAGCAAAGAGGGUGUAUCGAUGGACCCCGACAAGGUCAAGGCUAUUCAAGAAUGGUCUCAACCCAAUUCUGUUCUUGACGUUCAAGCCUUCUUGGGUUUCGUUAACCACUAUCGCCGUUUCGCACCAAACUUUGCAAUACUUGCUAAGCCCCUUUAUAAGCUGACAGAGGGCAAAGUAGUUCGCUCAACUAAGACAGGAAAACGAAUUAUGCGUUACCCGCCAUGGCAAUGGACAGAACAACACACGAUCGCCUUUGAAGGACUCAAGAAGUUGUUGAGUAGCCCUCCAACGCUAGCAUACUUCGACCCAGCAAAACAAACAAUUAUUGAAACCUAUUCUUCCGACUUCGUGACAGCAGGAGUCUUGUCCCAAUAUGACGACAAUGGCGUCCUCAAACCCGUUGCAUACUUCUCGAAGAAGAUGUCUUCAGCUGAAUACAACUACUGCAUUUAUGAGAAGGAGUUACUGGCCAUUAUAAGAUGCUUUGAAUCGUGGCGACCAGAAUUAACCAGGCUUACGACACCGGUCAAUGUUUACACAGACCACAAAACACUACAGCACUUCAUGAAGACCAAAAAGUUGACAGCACGGCAUGCAAGAUGGGCGCAAUUCCUAGCCCAGUUCAACUUCGUGAUUCAGUACCGCUCAGGCAAGUCCAACUCGAAGGCAGACGCACUCACCCGCCGUUCACAAGAUACAUCCACUCCACCAUCGGAUAGAGUCAUACCAAUAUUGCCUCACAGUGCACUACCAAACGAUACAACAGCAGCGUUCAAUGCCUUACAGGCCAAGUCAUAUUCACGGAUUCCGGAUACAAACCUUAUAUAUAUAUCGGAGCUCAAUCUUACACCCAUCAGCAACACACACACACCUCACGACCACCACAAUGAAAUCCCAUCCGACGACUCUUCAGACGAAGAUAACCAGUCUACCGAAACAGCUUACCAACUACCAGAUGAACCACGAUUGUUAGCAGCCUACGAAAAUGACCCUAUCUUACUAGAAACAAGAUCAGCCGUGAAAAGAGGAGCCAGACGGAUACCAACACACGCUUAUAAGAUCCUUAAAGCCGACGCUUCCGAUCUAUCUGAAAACGAUGGUCUCUUAUACAUGCAAGGUAGACUGGUCGUCCCACAAGCAGACGACAUUAGACUCGAUAUCCUAGAUUAUUACCACCUAUCUCGUUAUUUUGGCCACCCAGGACAGAAAGCGUUGUUCGCUCUCGUCUCUCGCGUUUUCUAUUGGGGUUCACUACGCCAGGACUGCAUUAAGUAUGUGAAAGUCUGUUUUACUUGCGCCAGAACGAAAGCUUGCAGUCACGCUCCAGAGGGGUUACUUAAACCACUACCGAUCCCAGAAACACUCUGGACGAGCAUCACGCUAGAUCUUAUAGAGUCAUUACCACCCUGUAAGAGAGGCAAUAACACAUUCAAACAUAUCCUGUUAGUCGUCGACAGAUUGACAAAAGACCGAAUUAUCGAACCACUCACCUCUAAGUCAACCGACGAAAUUACGAAAAUCCUACACGAUAGAAUAUGGUGUAAAAAACUUUCAACAGCACACCAUCCAGAGACAGAUGGUCAAACGGAAAUAAUUAACAAAUCCAUCAAAGAUUACCUUAAGGCUUAUGUUAAUUACGCUCAAGAUGAUUGGGCAGACUACAUCUUCGAUGCCGAAUUCGCCUCACGAGUAACACCAUCGGAAACGACAGGUUGUUCGCCUUUCUUUGCAGUCCACGGCUUCCAUCCACAAACUCCUCAAGAGGGCUUAAUCCCUCACUUCCCGGAGAACCACCGCGAUAUAUCCCCAGAACGGCAUCGCCAAAUCAUAAACUGGAUCAAAGCAAACACGUUAUGGGCUAAAGAAAAACAGAGACAGAACGCAAACGCACAUAGACGCCCUCACCCGCUAUACCGAGUAGGUGACGAAGUUUUCGUGGAAGCUUCGCAUUUUAAAAGUGACAGAACAAGCCGCAAACUGAACUUGAGAUGCAUAGGCCCCUUCCCCAUCACCUGCAUCAUCGACGAUAAAGCUUACGAAGUACAGCUUCCUGCGGAUCUCAUGGACGCGGGUGUCACACCGGUGUUCCACCCCUCAAGACUAUCGUUAGCGAACACAGGAUUACCAGGACAACGUCAGCCGCCACAACCACCGAUCAUGAUAGAGGAUUACGCCGGAGUCCACCCCGAAUGGGAAGUACAAGACAUCGUCGAUUGCAAAGUCACUCCCCGACUCGGAACUCAAUACAAAGCCACAUUCAAAGGAAACUGGCCAGAUUGGAAUUCACAACCGCCGUGGCAACCCUGGACUGACUUCGUCAAUUGUCCCGAUAAGAUAAUUCAAUAUCACCGGGAACACCCAAAUAAACCACCACCACCCUCACACUUUACCUUCCUCCUACUGACCGUCUCCUUCUUCAAGCUUACACCCAAGCUCUUCAUCUGCCUCCCUCUAUCGGAACAAAGUGUCUCCGUUUUCCAACGAACUCGCACAAAUUUGCCAGAGAUCAACGACGACAUCAACAUCGACGACGACGACGACGACAGCCACAGCGACAACGAUCUCGUCAAGCAGCCGGCGACUUACCCUAGACAACGCUUUUCAGAGUCUCACAGUUUCCUUCGCAAGCAGUUGUGCUAUCUCCAGAACCAAACAGUCGCAAAAAUGGCCGACAAUACCGAGACUCCCAUUAGGACCGUGCAGCUUGAGGCGCUGGUCGUCAUGAAAAUUAUCAAGCAUAGCACCCAGUCCUUCCCCACAACCGCCACCGGCUCUAUCGUUGGAAUGGAUCAGCAAGGCGUUCUUGAAAUCACCAACGCCUUCCCCUUCCCAGUUGUCGACGUUCCCGCCGAUUCUUCCCAUUUCGACAAUGCGACCCAGAAUGUCGCUGCUGCUGCUCCCCGCGCCAAGGCGAAUAUUGUCUACGAGCGUGAGAUGAUCAAGAUGCUGCGCGAGGUGAAUGUCGAUGCGAACAAUGUCGGCUUCUACACUAGUGCCAAUAUGGGCAAUUAUAUCAACAUGAACAUGAUCGAGAACUUGUUCCAUUACCAGAAGGAGGCGAACGAGAGAGCUGUUGCCUUGGUGCAUGAUGUCAGCAGGAGUUCGCAGGGUGCGCUUAGUUUGAGGGCUUUCAGACUUUCACCGCAGUUCAUGACUGCGUUCAAGGAGAAGAAGUUCACCGCUGAGCAGCUACAAAAGUCCAACCUCAGAUACCAAGACAUCUUCGUCGAAAUUCCCGUGCAGAUCCACAACUCCCACCUCCUAACCGCCUACCUCCACCAGCUUCCCUCCCCCUUGCCUUCUGAAGAAGUCGACCUCCCUCUUUCUCUCCAGGCCAUCGCCGCCGACCCACUUUCUCAAUCUUCUCUCCUUGCACCCAACUUCGACAACCUUACCCUUAACAUCGACCCAUUCCUAGAGAAAAACUGCGACCUCCUCCUCGACAGCCUCGAGAUCCACCACACCGAGAACAACAACUUCCAGUACUACCAGCGCGCCCUUGCCCGCGAACAGACCAAGAUCAGCGCCUGGCAAGCCAAGCGUAAAGCGGAAAACGCCACACGUGCCCAAUUGAAGCAGCCGUUGUUGCCCGAGGACGAGUGGAAGCGGUUGUUCAAGCUGCCUGCUGAGCCCAGUCGGUUGGAGACGAUGUUGAACACUAGGCAGGUGGAGCAGUACUCUAAGCAGAUCGAUGGGUUCGUCAGCUCGACUACCGGGAAGAUGUUUGCUGUCAAGAGUAAUCUUUUGCCGAAUGAGUCGCAGAUGUAG